CGCACAGCUUUGACCAACCCCCGCCUAAACCCUUUUUGGUCACACCAACUAAAGAGUCCCGCACUAAACUUUACCAAAUUUUCUCGUGCCUUUUUUGAAUUUUUCUAACCUUUCCAUAUCCCAAAUCCGAGUCGACAACCCACGACCAAACGGCCAUCACCCAAUUCGACAACAAUGGCUGCUACUACUUCCGUCCCUACCAAGGACCAGGUCCUCGUCCCCGAGACCCUCCUCAAGAAGCGCAAGAGCCAGGAGAAGGCUCGCGCUGAGAAGUCCGCCGAGCUUGAGCAGCGCAAGAAGCUCAACAAGGAGAAGCGCUCCGUUAUCUUCAAGCGUGCUGAGAAGUACGUCAAGGAGUACCGCGAUGCCGAGCGUGAGAAGGUCCGCCUCAACCGCCUCGCCAAGCAGGAGGGCAGCUUCCACGUCCCUGCCGAGGAGAAGUUGAUCUUCGUCAUCCGAAUCAAGGGUAUCAACAAGAUUGCCCCCAAGCCCCGCAAGAUCCUCCAGCUCCUCCGUCUCCUCCAGAUCAACAACGGUAUCUUCGUCCGUAUCACCAAGGCCACCGCCGAAAUGAUCAAGAUUGUCGAGCCGUGGGUUGCUUACGGUUACCCCAACCUAAAGAGCGUCAAGGAGCUCAUCUACAAGCGCGGAUACGGCAAGAUCAACAAGCAGCGCAUUCCCCUCACCGACAACUCCAUCAUCGAGGCGAACCUCGGCCAAUACGGCAUUGUCUGCAUUGAGGAUCUCGUCCACGAGAUCUACACUGUCGGCCCCAACUUCAAGCAGGCCUCCAACUUCCUAUGGCCCUUCAAGCUCAGCAACCCCAACGGCGGUUUCCGAACGCGCAAGUUCAAGCACUUCAUCGAGGGUGGUGACCUUGGCAACCGAGAGGACAAGAUCAACGGCCUCAUCCGACAGAUGAACUAAGUUAAGGGUUAUGGGUUAAAUGGGUCUGGUAUUAGGGGGUUUGCUUCUGUGCAUGGUUCACGGCGUUCAUAAAAGCUUCGGAUGCUACCAAUGAAUUGAGACUUUAUGAUCAUGGCAACCCCAUACUUUCGUCUGUCCCUGGCUGUCUAGUCGUGAAUAGUAGCAUGAAUAGUAGUAUACUUCUCUUGAAGCCUUACCAGGAUAUUGCUGCCAGUCUUCAAAUACCUUUUAAUCCUUAAUUCAUAAUAAGUCGCCGACAUCUAAGUCACCAUGA